AUGUCUUCUUCUUCUUCUUCUUCCUCCUCCUCUCGCACCCCUUCCGGACAGGAGGGCCACGGUUCGGCAUCUCGAUCUCAAGCCCCCCCUGCAAGCCCCAGCGCGCCGCCGCCGCCGCUCAACAACGCCAUCGACAACGCCAACGCCAACGCCAACGUCGACGAUGACCAGGAGCAGCACAACAGACAGCUGCGGAUGCGCGUCGUCGCCCAGGCUUAUCUGGACCGUGUGCUCGAGGGGGACGCGCAGGCCAAGGACAAGGAAGAGGCGGCGGCGGCGAAGAAGGCGCGCGAGGAGGACGACGACGCCGCCGCCGUCCGGGCUAGCGGGCUGCUUGUCGACGACGAGCUCGAGCAGGUUAAGGGCGAGCUGGCCGACUCGUACAGUACGAACGCGACGCUCAGCGCCGAGGUAUGGGCCUCGCAGAACCGUAUCCUAGCCUUGGAGGCCGAAGUGCGUGGCGCCAACGCCCCGGCUCAGCGACGGCCGAGGGCCGAGCUGAAGGAGGCGCGCGUGCGAAGAACGCCAACCUCGCUGCUGAUCUGGCGGGGCGCCGCGGAAUGGCUUCUCAAGGAUAGGGACGCUAGAAUCGAGGCUCUGAAGGCAAAGCUUACCCGCCUCGCGAUUAAGCAGAGCCGCGCCGAGGCCGUUGUUGCUAGGAGGAACACUGCCAGCUUCGACUUUCUAUCAUCAGACGACCUCGCCAUCACCUUGUUCGUCCUCGACGAAACCCGUGCUGCAGCGGUCCACUUCGUCGCCACUCACCGCAAGCUUAUGACCAGGAUCCUACCCGUCGUCUGCGCUUUCUUGGUAUGGGUGGUGGCGGUCAGCUUGAUGUACUUCUCGGUCCGCGGCGCGUGA